AUGCGGCGGGCGUUGCGGCUGUUGGGACAGGGCGAGACCAUCUUCGCCCUGUCAUCUGGGGGAGUGAGGGCUGGCGUAGCCGUUAUUCGCGUGUCUGGACCACAGGCUCACGAUAGCAUCACGCAGCUGACAAAGGCGGCGGCGCCACCAGCGCGGCUGGCCAGCGUGCGCAAGCUGUUUGAUCCCCUCUCCGGUGACAUGUUAGACCAUGCCCUUGUACUAAGGUUUGACGAAGGCCACAGCUUUACCGGCGAGGCCAUUGCUGAGUUCCAGGUCCACGGAGGAAAUGCUGUUGUGUCAUCUGUAUUAAAGGCCCUGGAAGGCGUGGAGGGUUUGCGCCACGCAGAGCCGGGCGAGUUUACACGCCGCUCCUUUUGGAAUGAUCGCAUGGACCUGACACAGGUGGAAGGCUUAUCAGAUCUAAUUACAGCUGAAACGGAACAGCAGCGUAAACAAGCAUUAUCAUACAUGACUGGGAAAGCAAGUAAGGUGUACCAGACGUGGAAAUCGACGCUGCUCCGGGCUGUUGCGCAGAUUGAGGCGUACAUUGACUUUAGCGAGGAGGAGAACAUCGAGGAGGAUGUCACCGCUCGUGUCGACCAAGCGGGUGUUCGUCGAGCGACAGAGGCAGCGCGACAGGCAGACUUGCGCGUGUGUGUCCAGGACAGCUCACAGCCGCCCUCAUCCCGCUGCUCCUCGCUGCCGGGUGGGCAAGGGCCGUGCCACUGCACGCAGGCAAACGAGGGCGAGACGCUCGUGAUCCUCAACAAAACAGAUAUCAGCAGCACCCCAGACUUUGGCAGUGAUGCUGACGCGUCGCCAACAACAUGGACACCAACAGCGUCAUCACACUGCGACCAAGGGCUGGCCGUGUUUCGGCUGUCGUGCAAGACGGAGCAAGGGUUGCCGGCCUUCCUUGAAGCGCUGGAAGAUCGUGUGCGUCGGCUGUGCAGCGAAGGUGCUGGAAGCAGCGGCACAGACGUGGUCAUCACGCGCGAGCGCCAUCGUCAACACGUUGCAACCUGCCUGCAAUACCUCAAGGAAGCAAAGGAGUAUGGGGAAGUGGAUAUUGUGUCCAGGGCGCAGAUGAUGCGCUUUGCACUCAACGAACUUGGCCUCAUCCUCGGCUCUGUGCACCUCGAAGACAUUCUGGACGAGUUGUUCGCAGAGUUCUGUAUUGGCAAGUAAAGAAUAAAUUAUGAAC